AUGGGACUGCCUGGGGCUGGAAAGUCAACCGUCAAAAAAGAGAGGAUGAGUGAGGAGCUUUUUGUCAACGUGGAGCCCGACCAGUUGAAGAGAUAUCACAAAGACUGUUCCAGCAACAUGAGUGAGGAGACCGACACCGAGGUUCACCGUUGGAGCGUCCGCCGAGCUGUGGAUGCUUUCGAGGAUGCCGUAAGAGAUUCAAGGAGGCGGAAUGUUCUCUUCGACUCUUCCGGCUCCAACUCGCAGUGGUUGGCUCGACGACUAGAAACUGCUCGUGAUGCAGGCUACCACACCCAAUUACUUUGGGUCGAUGUACCAGUGGAGAUUGCCUUGCUGCGGAACCGGGAUCGUGCCAAGUCACGCGGGCAGUGGUGCCCGGAAAACAUUAUCCUUGACAAAGCGAAGGUCAUGCAAGCCAGCUUCGAGGAGCUUCGUGCUACAGUCGACGUGGCUGAAAGGCUGCAAAAUUGGGAUCCAAACGGACACGAGUUGCGACGGGCACAAGAGGAUCUUUAUCUGUAUCCUGCACCCAGGAGCCGAGCAACAGUUCGUCCUGGUGAUCCCAGCUAUGGUGAGGCACCUCCCGGUGCCCGUCCUCCGUCUCCAACACCUGGCUCUCGGAGGACCAUUCGCAUCGGUCCAUGGAAGCGAAGCGACGAAGUGAUGAAGGCCAAAAGCGCAAGGCUGAAGUGGAUGGAUGAGACCUACCGAGGAGAUCGUGAAAAGUACGUGCUGGAGGAGGUCUUAGCAGGGCGAGAAAUUCUUCUCGAGCGGAACAUGUUCCCUUACGCUCUGCCACCUGGGAUGGAACACUGGACGAUUUGGGCGAGGAGCACCAUGGAGCACGAUGCGCUCUGCGUUUACAUCGAGGGCUGGCUGAAUGCCAGACAACCACAUAACGUCACAGCUUGGAACUACGACGACAAUCGACAGAUGCGCACUAUCGACGUGUGGCACGUGCACGUCUACUUCCAAGGAGCAGAUGGAGAGCUGCCGAAGUUCUGCACUGCGACGCAGGGAGGCGAGCUGUCGACAAACAAGACCUAUGCAAGAUCACCAUGCAGCGUGUAG